AUGCAAUUCGAAAUGUUCCAAAAAUACUCAUCCCCGGAAACGAUCUUGUCUUUCGUGCUUUAUUUACUGCAUAUCGUCGGUCUGGAUGGAACAAGGAACAUUUGGGCAAGAAUUCGAUUUGGUAGUAUUAUUCUUUUUUAUGUAUUCUUCACCGUCAUACCACAGCUGAUUGGUGGGAACCCGGAUGUACAUCAGUUUGUACGAGCCAGUGUAGAGUUUCUGUUCAAUUGUAACAUUUUUGUGGGCAGUUUAUUUUUUGCCGCUAAUGUUUCAACCUUCCGUGGGUUCGUCCAGGAAUUGAAGAUCCUUGCGCAGUUAACAUGUUCACUAUCGUACAAUUUAAAACAUGCGCUGGCCCGGUUUAAUCAACGAGCGGAUAUAUUUGCCAAGAUACAAACGACAUGCAUGGCUGUUAUAGCUUUGUCCUACUGGGCUGCACCGAUAACGUCCAUCUAUUGGUUCUACUUUAGACCGAUCAACUCUACUGAACCACUGCGACUGGUGCAGCACUUGGAAGUAAAGUUCUACUGGCUUGAGAAUCGUACCAUCUUGAAAGAUUAUGUGAUCUUCGUGUUGAUCAUGCUUCCGGUAGUGUGCAUGUGUAGUAUAAUGUGCAACAUCAAGGUAAUGAGCAUUUCCUGUAGCAUUGCGUACUGCACUAUGUUCACAAGGCUAACUGUAAAAGCAGUGGAAAAGAUGCCGGAUAUUACACCUUACGACAGGACUUCGAAAGCACUGUUCAACGUGGUGCUAAUGCAUGCUAGACUACUGAAAUGCAUACACCUGCUGAAUAGGACAUUGCGAUCGAUGCUCUUGAUGCAGUGGCUGGUCUGCGGCUUAAACUGGAGUAUUUCACUCGUGUAUCUCACGAACACGGGAAUCUCGCUUAAAUCCGUUACAGUGAUUGUGAUGUUUUGCUUAGCAACAGUGGAGACAUUCAUAUACUGCUUGUUAGGAACGCGGCUUGCGACGCAACAAGAGCGUUUAGAACGUGCCGUGUACACCAAACGAUGGUACAAUUAUUCGCUAAAAGUUCAGCGCAAUGUACUAACCAUCCUGAGGCAAGCUCAAAAACCGGCACACAUUACAGUGGGAAAGUUUUUUCGCGUAAAUCUAGAGGAGUUUAGCAGAAUAGUGAACCUUUCCUAUUCUGCGUACGUAGUUCUGAAAGAUAAGAUCAAAAUGGAUACCAAUUGA